GUGUGAAUCUGUUUUCUCUCUUUUUGCGUUUUAUUCUAAAUGUUAAACUAUUUCAACACUAUUCGUAUACAGGGUGCUCCUCUUACGUCAUCAUCUCUAGGCGAAUUGAAAAACUGUUUUAUAUACAUAUAGAGUUCAACGCCUUUUAGUCAGAUCAUCAACAAAAACAAAUUAAUUAAUUAAUUUAUAAUUUGGCACAUUUAUUGCUAAUACGCCUCGUGUGCUCGUGCUCUUUAAUAGAAUCAGCAAAAAGAAAAAAAAAAUAAAAAAAUAUAUACAACAAGACAAACAACAACAAAAACAAUACCAACAAAUAACUGAUUGUCGUCAUCAUGAAUGACCGUGAAUUGGGUUGCAAUUCAGGCGGUGGCCAAUUUAUGGAUCGCGGGCGUAUGAAUCAAAAUGGUGUCGUUCAGCCAUUACUUACCGAUUUGUAUCAAAUUACAAUGGCCUAUGCAUACUGGAAAUCGGAUAAAACCGAUGAUCAGGCUGUUUUCGAUUUAUUCUUUCGCAAUAAUCCAUUCCAUGGUGAAUUUACCAUAUUCGCCGGCCUCGAGGAAUGCCUUAAAUUUUUGGAUAGCUUCCAUUAUUCCCAAAGCGACAUUGAAUACCUAAAGCAAACAUUACCCGAGGGCAUUGAGAAUGAGUUUUUUGAGUACUUGGGUAAUCUAACAGCACGAGAUGUCACCUUGUAUGCCAUUGAUGAGGGCACUGUAGCCUUUCCACGGGUACCAAUUAUAAAAAUAGAAGGUCCUCUCAUUAUAGUACAACUAUUGGAAACAACGCUUCUAACAUUGGUUAACUAUGCCAGUUUAAUGGCCACCAAUGCUGCCAGAUAUCGCAUGGUGGCUGGUAAACAUGUAAAACUAUUGGAAUUUGGUUUGCGUCGCGCCCAGGGCCCAGAUGGUGGCCUAUCCGCAUCAAAAUACUCUUAUACAGGUGGCUUUGAUGGCACUUCCAAUGUCUUGGCUGGUAAACUUUUCAACAUUCCCGUGAAGGGAACUCAUGCGCAUGCCUAUAUCACUAGUUUUAGUAGCGUUGGCGAGUUGAAAACGCGUCUACUAAAACAUAAGCAAACGGGCAUUAUGGAGGAUUUGUUAGAGCAUGCCAUACGACACCGUCAGAUGCUAUCGCAUGUCCUUGAUGUUUCGACGGAGGAGUCAAGUGAAGGCGAAUUGGCUGCCAUGGUGUCAUAUGCCAUUGCAUUUCCGGAUGGCUUUAUGGCCCUUGUCGAUACGUAUGAUGUUAAGAGCCGAGAAACAGAACAAAUUACACAAUUAUCAUCAUCAGUUUCAUCAGUUAAAACUGAUAUCAACAACAGUUCAACAAUAACAACAACAACAAAAGCAACAACAACAACAACAAAAGCAACAACAGCUCCAACAACAAGUAAAAAUGGUUUUAGCAAAUUAUCAAAUGGACAUAAUAAAAUCAAAAUCAAUGGUCAUAAGACCCUAGAAAAUGGUCAACAAAAUGGUAACCAUAAUGGUAGUAGCCUAACCAUUAAAGAGCCAAAUCAAAUUGUUUCAACUUCAAUCAUCACACCAACAACAACCACAACAAAAACAACAGCUUCGUCGAAUGGUUCAGCAUACCUACCAAAAUAUGUCGAGAAGUCAUUCAGGAGCGGUCUAUUGAAUUUCAGUGCCGUGGCCUUGGCCUUGAACGAUUUGGGUUAUCAUGCAUUGGGCAUACGUAUUGAUUCCGGUGAUUUAGCCUAUUUAUCUUGUCUGGCACGUGAGGCCUUUGAAAAGGUUGCAGAACGCUUCAAGGUACCAUGGUUCAAUAAACUAACCAUUGUGGCCUCAAAUGACAUCAAUGAGGAUACCAUAUUGAGCCUGAAUGAGCAAGGACAUAAAAUUGAUUGCUUUGGCAUAGGCACACAUUUGGUUACUUGUCAACGCCAACCAGCUUUGGGCUGUGUCUAUAAACUAGUCGAGAUCAAUGGUCAACCGCGUAUUAAACUAAGUCAAGAUGUCGAAAAGGUUACCAUGCCGGGCAAUAAGAGUGCAUAUCGUUUAUAUAGUGCCGAUGGUCAUGCCCUGAUUGAUCUAUUGCAAAAAGUUACAGAACCACCGCCGGCGGUGGGACAGAAAGUUCUAUGCCGUCAUCCGUUUCAGGAAUCGAAACGUGCCUAUGUCAUACCAUCGCAUGUGGAAUCGUUGUAUAAGGUCUAUUGGAAAUCUGGCAAAAUAUGCCAACAAUUGCCCACACUGGAGCAAGUGCGGGAGAAGGUUCAAAUUUCUUUGAAGACCCUGAGAAAUGAUCACAAGCGUACCUUAAAUCCAACGCCAUAUAAGGUGGCCGUCAGUGAUAAUCUCUAUAACUUCAUACACGAUCUGUGGCUUCAAAAUGCUCCAAUUGGCGAACUCUCAUGAUCUAUAUAAGCAGCCAGUAAACGGCCAAAUACACACAAUUCCGAAAAAAAAUCAUCAUCAAAAACAAAGAAACAAAAAAAAAGCAAAACACAACAAAUAUUGUUUACUUAAUUUUAACAACAAAAUUUCCCAACUCCCAUUUUUUAUGUAUAUUUGUUGACAAGAUCGCUUCUUCUGGUGGCUUGUAUUUUUUUAAUAGUCAUUUGCUGGUCAUAUGCAUUACUAAUUGGAACAGUUUAAGCUUAGUUAUUUAGCCAUUUGAGCACAAGUUUUUAAAUACCUUAUACAAAAAAAAAACAAAAACAGAAAAAAACUUAAUUACCGAUACUUAUUUCCAUAUACAAGUACACAUAUAUGUAUGUAUAAUCCAAAUUCUUGAAAUGUAAACCAUUGUGUAGCUAAGAAUUAGAUUGGAAAAGCAAAUCUUAAUUUUAAUUAUACACAUAAACUUAACUUUCCUAAAUAGAACAACAUAAAACACGCACACAUUAUCACAUUCAGGUAUGUGUCCAGGUGCCUUAAAACGAAAAAAGAAUAGAAAACAGCAAGAAACGAAACACACACACACACACACAUUAGAAAAGAGAAAAGUGAGCAUAAACAAUCUGUAAAACCAAAUUGAAUAAUGUUGGAAAAAGGAUGUAUUUAAUAUAUAUAUACAUAUACUUAUAUAUUUUUGUUAGUAUAUAAGUGUUGACAAGUGUUGAAUGGAAUUUAAAACUAUUUAGAAGUACAAAUGCUAUUUAGUACAUUUUGCAUGCAUACUUAAAGCACACACAGACACACACACACAAACACACACACCUUAUUAAUAGUAAUGUUUAUACAUAUAUAUUUAAUUAUAAUCAAUUGUAAAUAUGUUCAAAAUUGUAAGCCAAAUAAGCAAUAUACACACAAUACCCACAAAACUUAGACAGUUAUUAAAUUGAUUGCUUUGAAUUGAUAA